AUGGGAGAUGGGAGCGACACACCCAAUUCCACAGGAAUAUCGCAACGAACCAUUCGUCAGACAUGCAAUCUUUACUCUCACUGCGCUAUGUGGGGCUGCGAGAAACGGUACGAUACGACCACCCUACGAACAUCUCGACUUCGCGUUGGUGCAACACAGCAAGGCGACUGCCUCUGUCCGGAAGAGACUUUCCGUAGAACCCAGAGUGCGACUCGCUCUAAUGGCAAGCCUGACCUUGGCUACUUCGGACACUUUCUUGGCCGCUGGGAAACGGUGGCACAGCAGAUGAACAGUGGACUGAGCCUUUUGGAACAAUGGGAGAGGAGCAAGCUCAAGGGGAAGCAGACUCCGACCGUAGCAAACAUCGACCCAGAGCUGAGUGUAGCUUUGGCACGCCUACAACCACAAUUGGAGUUCCGGCUAGCCGUGAACCCAAAGACCGAUCACCCACUUACGAAACUGCAAGAUGUGGAAAUUAGAAAUGAUCUCCCGAUUCGGUUUGCACCCUCGCCGAAGCAUUUCCAUUUGGGCUGA